CAAAUGAAAUCGACACCGCAUCCCUAACGAUCGUUGCGCUUUCGCUUGAGUUAUCAGACGAUAUCCCUGUGUAACACCACAACCUGGCCCCAGACUUCCUCCAACGAUCCACUUUAAAGCGGGCCUGGCCACCAAACACGGAACCCAAGUAACCAUGGCCGAGCCGGUUUCGAGCAUAAUUACCAUCGCAACGGUUGGGCUCGCCCUCGUCCGAGCAUGCAAGAACUAUAUCGAAGCGGUGCGGGAAAUCGACGACUUGGUUGACCGACUCCUCGAAAAAAUAACAGAGUUGCAUGGAGUUGUACGCCUACUCAACUCACAGUACCAUCAAGCUGAGCCUGAUGGCAAUAGCGAGCCGUCAAUCUUGGUACGUGAGAAAAUCGCACUAUGUCGCGAUCGUCUUAGAGAGAUCAAACGGAAGAUAGCAGACUUGGGACCUCAGAGCAAAAGUGCGGAGACCUUUCUCGACAAGGCCUCUGUGAAACGAAGAAUGGACGCAGUAGCCAAGGAUAUCGAAUUCGCGGUAGAUGACAUCCGACGAUACCUGGGAGACAUUGUCCUUGUCACUGGAGCCUGUUCAUAUCUUGAAGUCAGCUCUUAUAUUCGCCGCGUUUCCGAGAGCUCAGUACCACAACCCAUAAGGUAUGCCAGCAAAGAGGAUCAGCCAGCUCAAAAUGACCUCGUCUCGCUUGAUCGGUGGUUCUCGAAUACGGACACUAUCUCAGAUCCAGUACACCUUCGUAGAGCGUCCAACCCGACAUUGCCCCCGCGUCUCUCUGUUUCCUCUUCGUCUUCGAGCGCUCUUCUUACACAAUCCGACGACGAUGAAAGCAUUCUUUCCAAAGAAAUCUCCGACAUCUCAAAGCCAGGGGAAGACUGGAAAGUCUUCCACCGGAAAGUGGUGCAGUGCAAGGAUGACCCCGCCCUCGUUACAGAAAUCCGUUCAAUGUUGGAACAGCAUCCAGAGCCUGUCACUCUCGUGAACAUUCUAGGAGACCACCAGCGCGCUCCCCUUCAUCUGGCAGCGCAGCGUGGCUAUGUCAAUCUAGCUCGCAUCCUCCUCGUAUUCGGCGCCGAUAUCAACGCCCAAGAUACCGAACCUGCUUCCGUGCUAGAUCACGCUGUCGCACACAACCAAGUAGACUUCAUUACAGUCAUACUGGAUAUGGGUGCCGACGAGUCAGCAUUACUGGAACGGAACAGGAACCAGUUGGAGCAUAAAAAAGCUGUCAUUGCGCUCAGAAAGGCGCGGCAACAAAGUCCAACGACAGAGAAGGCUCGGAAAUUUAGCUGGAGUCUUGGAAGAAAGCGUACAAGCUGAGCCAUUCGUCUCGCGGAACCGUAAUCCGGACCCCAAGCUGACGGUGGCGGCUGUGUGGCAAAGCUGCAGCCCUAGCGUUGAACACGACAGGGCUGUAAAUUGGAGCCUACUGCAUGGAGCGGAGGUGGGGUUGCUCACCGGUCACUAGACUACUACCGGACGGUCUUACAACGUUUACGACCCUGCGCCCCCGCCGCGCCGUGUCUUC